AUGUCGGAAAAGAGACCUAUUAAGCGACUCGUGGUGUUGGUAGACGGAGUUGAGGCUCGGGAAACCAAGAAGGAGACGAACCCUUCAACGAUUCAGAGGAUCAAUCAAUUAGUACAAGAUGGGCUAGUUGAGUCGAAUGGAGUUUCUGUUGCGCAGAUUCCCAAGUAUUAUGUUGCACCCAGCAAUGUUGUCAAGUUGACCGACAUGUUCCGAUCACGGAGCACGACAAGUGAUGACUCGACAAACCUCAUCAAGACCAUUGUCAGGGACAUCUGUCUCACGCUUGAGCGGCCAGAAGAUGAGCUCUGGUUGUACGGUUCUGGGCACGGAGCCUUCAUCGCUCGCGCAGUUGCUGGCAUCGUGCAUCGAAUGGGCCUGCCAACAACGCAAAGUUUCGAUGAUCUGUUUGAUACAGCUCUUGGCCUGAUCAAGGCUCAACUUGAGGAUGAUUUCAAGCGAGGCCCCGUACUACUGCAGAAGAUCAAGAAUGAAGCGCAAGAUCCUCCUCGGAUACCGUUUGUUGGUCUUUUUGACACCAUCAUUCAUAACUCAAAGACAUCCUACGACAUCUCGUUCAACCCUUCUAUCGAAACUCUUCGCCAUGCGCUGGCUAUCAAUGAGAACAGGUCCAAUAAGGCACCGGAAGUGGUCAAUAUUCCUGACGAUGCGGACAUGACACACAGGUCACUUACCCAAGCAUGGUUCCUCGGUACACACGAAGAUAUGAUCGGCGGAACGGCUCACGACGGUCUUUCACUCUACCCGCUGCAGUGGAUGUACGCUGGCAACCUUCCGCCCUUGGACGGAUCAGAAGAGAUCGAAUGGGGGCUCGAAUACACCAAUGGCCUUCGAACAAGCAUGUUUGAUCUUCAGAGUAUGCAUGCAAAGAAAUCGGCAGGCGGCGUCGAGACUCACUCCAUCAAACUUGAUACGGAUUGCUACAAACAUGCAGCAAGCCGGAAAGUUUUUGCUGCAGAUGGAGGCUUGAAAGGAUGGUGUGACGUUGGACCGUAUGGAAACAUGAUUCAUCCCUCCCUUUUCUGCAUUCUCGAUAGAUACCCCAGAUAUAACGACCUAAAGAAUUUCCAACCCCUCAAGAAGCCAAUCUCAGACUUUCAAGACUCUUAUCUUGUUGCCGCAGAAGAUGGGUUAGCUCCAUGGCUUCAAGGGAUGCAGCUCGAAGCAAGCGGCGUCAAAGCCUUCCGAAUUCUAGUAUGCGGCAAGACUGGCGUUGGCAAAUCGACAUUGAUCAACAAGGUCUUUGGUGUUGAGAUGACCGAUGAGUCUCUUUCAUAUGAUCAGGGAGUCCAUGACAUCAACGUCGCUUUUGAAUCCCCCAAGCAUCCUGGACUCUUGAUCCAUGACUCAAGGGGUUGGCAGGCCGGUAGUGAUACUGAGCUUGAAUUGAUCGCGAAGUUCCUUCGGCACAGAGCUUUUCAGGAAGACCCUGCCGAAGCUCUUCACGUCAUCUGGUUCUGCGUCGACGCCGACGUGGCACGUAUCGAAGAAGCCGAUAAGCGAACCUUUGCCACCAUCGCCCAAUACUCCCACCAAGUCCCCGUUUUCGUGGUUGGAACAAAGAAGGACAAACUCACUGGCUAUCGAAAAAUGCAGUACUUAGAAGAACUCAUGGAGAAGACAGACGAUUACAAAGAAGCUAAGCGACUCGCUGAAGAGAAAGCCAAUGCCGUUGCCGAGGAACAGUUCGCCGAGCUGAGGAACCAGCUUUCGCAGAUCGAGCACUACAAAGCUGACGGCUUCUGCUGUCUUUCAAAGAAUGACGACGCCGGUGUCAAAGACCUACUCUCACAAACCCUCGGCCUGAUUGUCGACGAACGCGUACGUCUCUUCUGUGUUGCCGCUCAAGUCGUUGAUGUUGAACAGAAGAUCAACUCAGCGAUAACAGAGUGUAUGAGACUAGGAACCCAUGCAAUUCGCACUGCCGCCGUUCCCCUCCCCUGCACAGGGUUGGUCGGAACACCGACCGUCUCACGCCUCAUCUGCGAGCAUGUACUCCAAUGCUUCGGCUUUCCCAAAGCUGCGCCAGCAGAGAUCGAGCAGAUCAUGUCGGAUAUCGUCAUGAGCAACUUUAAGCAGUACCUCCGGGUUUCUCUGUCGCAGUUUGCGGCUGUUAGUGCUAUUUCGGUUGGUGCUGCGGUGCCGACUAUGGGAAUUGGUAUCAUUGUUGGUGCGGCGGGCUGUCUUUUGGGACUUCCUCCUACAGCGAGGAUGUUACUCAAGUGCUCGUGCGAUAUGAUUCUUAUCCUCGAGCGGUCCUUUAGAUACGAUGGAAAAUAUGUUUCUAUCAAGCAGAUCGAAGAUGCAGCGAAAUACUACUCGAAGACAACAAUAAUGACGUUCAAUGGGAAGGAGAAGCGAUUGCAGCAGCAAGUUCACGAUGAACUGGACCAUCUAAUUCCACUGAAGAAGGUCAACAUUGGCUUCAAGUUCAACAAGCUGAGAUCAUCUGUUGAAGAGAUCAUCUAUAGCAAUCGUUUUGGCAACCCACCAGACUACACUUCUCUGCGAAGCCCUUCCAGUGUCGGUCUGGACUUGCAGCCAGGAGGACCUGUCGAGAUGGAUGCCGCACCCACCAUAUCAGAGCUGCCUGGCGAUGAUGUCGACUACUCGCAAUUACCGAAGUCAGACGAGAAGUCUGAUCAGCUACCACUUCUUGAGCUCGAUUCAACUGAAGUCGGCGCAAAAGAAGGACAUAUUUCGAUGGCAUCAAAUACUUCAGGAACAACCGCACAUAUUGGUCCUUCACUUGCAAACAAACUUGUCGAGCUUCACGUUCAACCGCCUGAACUUGAGGGCAAUGCACCGGGUGACGUGAGACAAGACUCGUUGGAAGUUCCGCCACCGGCGACGAGAAGUAAAUCUGACUCCUCUGCGUCCAAAUGGUCGAACAAGCUGUCAUCGUGGAAGUUGAGUCGUAAGUCGAAGACGCUAAAGCAAUGA